AUGCCCUUGGAGGAACAGGAGCUCCUGCACGUCGUCGCGCAGGAUGACGACGGCUCUGCGAUGGCUGAGGUCUUCGUGUACAGCGACGACACCAUGCUCUCUCUGCGGCGCGCCCUCUGCAACUCGGCCAAGAUCCAGCACCUGGCCCUCAAGUUCGAGGGGCAGAUCUGCGCGAUGCACCACAGCCUCGAGGCGGCUGGGCUGGAGAACCACGCUGUGGUGCAGGUGGCGCCCGUCACCGAGGUGGGACUUGCCUCGGCCUCUUCGGAUGGCAUGGUCUUCUUCUGGGAUGCCCUCAGCGGCAAGUGCCUGGAGUCUCUGAGGGGCCACCAGGAGAGCGUCCUGUCCGUCGCUUUCUCGGCGUCCGGGAAGCUCCUCGGCACCACCAGCGCGGACGGGUGUGCGAAAGUCUGGGAGACGGCCACGGGCCGUUGCCUCACGACGCUGCAAGGCCACGAGGACUGGGUUACGUGCUGCGGCUUUAAUCUCUCUGAGUCUUUGGCCGUUACCGCAAGCUUGGACUGCAGCGCCAGGAUAUGGGAUCUGGCCAGUGGCAGGUGCCUGCAGCUCCUUCCCGGCGGCGUCAGCCCGAUCUUCUGGGCGGCCUUUGCUCCGGAAGAGGAGGAAGUUGCCACCGCCAGUGCCGACAACAACGCCACGGUCUGGAGCCUCGAAGGGCAGGUGCAGACGGUGCUUGAGGGCCACGAGGACAACGUGAUGUGCGUGAGCUGGUCGCCGGAUGGCCUGAGACUUCUCACCGCUUCGCAAGACCGCUCCGCUCGGCUUUGGGAGGCUGCUGCGGGCUCCUGCAUCCGCGAGUUCCAGGGGCACACGGACACCGUGCAGUCCGCCUUCUUCUCUGGCGACGGCCGCUUGGUGGUGACGGCUUCUCUAGAUCGCCUCGCGAAGAUCUGGGAGACCCAGACGGGUGACUGCCUCCGCACGCUGGCUGGCCACUCGGGCUCCGUCCUCUUCGCCGCCUUCUCUGCCGACGGCAGCUUCGUGGCCACCUGCUCGAGGGAUUCGACGUUGCGGACCUGGGACGUGAAGACGGGCCGACACCUGCGGCUGCUCGAGGGCCACCGUGCCAAGGUGAACUCCCUCUCCUUCGUCUUGUUCUAA